AACUAGGGAAAGGGAAAUUAUAAGAGAGAGAGCUGAGAUGGAUUUUCCUUUUCUAAAUUAGCUAACGCCCGCUCUCUCUCUUCCCAUCAUCUCUCAUUUCAUUUCCAAGCGCCGCCACCGUUUCUUCCCUUUUCCUCACUACCUCGAGCUAAGCCAGGGGUAGAAAUGGCAGGGAAAUCCAACAAAGGAAGAAAUAGAGGAAAAUGGUCGAAUGGCACAAAUUCUUCGGAACCAGCCACGAACUCGCUCACUUCGUCGGCAGCCUUGAAAGAUAAAUCUAGCACCGUCGAAUCAUCUCAGGCUGAUGCGGUUGGAGUAGAGAUUCCUAAUUCAGGGGAUAAGCCCUCAGCAAUAGCUGAGUCAGCUGAUACCAAGCCGGAGGCAGCGGAUGCGCCAUCAGCGACCUCAGGCAAUCGAACUAAGCAGGCCGAAGGUGAUCUUCAUCUCUAUCCUGUUUCUGUCAAAACACAAUCUGGUGAAAAGCUAGAGUUACAGUUAAAUCCAGGAGAUUCUGUUAUGGAUUUGAGACAGUUCCUUCUUGAUGCUCCGGAGACCUGUUUCUUUACGUGUUAUGAUUUGAUACUGCACACAAAGGAUGGCUCAGUUCAUCAUCUGGAAGAUUACAACGAAAUUUCUGAAGUUGCAGAUAUUACUGCUGGUGGUUGUUCUUUGGAGAUGGUUGCCACAUUUUAUGAUGAUAGAUCUGUAAGGUCUCAGGUCCGCCGUGCCAGAGAAUUGCUUUCUUUCUCAACUCUUCAUGCCUCUUUAUCAACAUCACUUGCAUUGCAACAUGAGACAACACAACAAAAGCCUACAGAUGCCAUGAAAUCUGAAGUCCCGGAGCUUGACGGUCUGGGUUUUUUGGAGGAUGUUACUGGUUCACUUGGCAAUUUGAUGUCAUCUUUAUCUAAAGAGAUCAAAUGCGUGGACAGCAUUGUUUUUUCUUCAUUUAAUCCUCCUCCAAGUUACAGGAGGCUUGUUGGGGAUUUGAUUUAUUUGGAUGUGGUGACUUUAGAGGGAAAUAAGCUUUGCAUCACAGGAACCACAAAGACAUUUUAUGUGAAUUCAAGCACAGGAAAUAUACUAGACCCUAGGCCAGCUAAGCCUACUUUUGAGGCGACCACACUUAUCGGUCUCCUGCAAAAGAUUAGCUCAAAGUUCAAGAAAGGUUUUCGUGAAAUUUUGGACCGGAAGGCCUCUGCACACCCUUUUGAAAAUGUUCAAUCUCUGUUGCCAGCUAAUUCAUGGCUAGGAGUAUAUCCUAUACCGGAUCACAAAAGGGAUGCGGCUAGAGCAGAAGAUGCACUGGCCCUUUCAUAUGGCAGUGAGCUAAUCGGCAUGCAGCGAGAUUGGAAUGAGGAAUUACAGUCCUGCCGGGAGUUUCCUCAUUCGUCUCUUCAGGAAAGGAUAUUGCGUGAUAGAGCUCUUUAUAAAGUAACUUGUGACUUUGUCGAUGCUGCAAUUAGUGGUGCAGUUGGAGUAAUCAGCAGAUGUAUACCCCCCAUUAAUCCAACUGAUCCGGAGUGCUUCCAUAUGUAUGUACACAACAAUAUAUUCUUCAGCUUUGCGGUGGAUGCAGACCUUGGGCAGAUGUCCAAAGAAAAUGCAUCAAGUGUCAAAUUCAAGUCCGGAGAGGAUGCAGAACAUCGUGAGAAUGCGGAAUCUUUACCUGAUUCAUCGGACAAGGCUUCCAAUCAUGGGACUGGCAAUGAGUCAAAAAUGCAGAAAUACGAGGGCUCAAAAGUGGAGGAGCUUAAUGGUGUCUCUGAUGUGGCCUCUGAUACAUCUGCUGAGGCACAGGUGGCUGACAAUGAGCAGGCCACAUACGCUUCUGCAAAUAAUGAUUUGAAAGGAACCAGAGCUUACCAGGAAGCUGAUGUUCCUGGUCUAUACAAUCUUGCUAUGGCAAUAAUUGAUUACAGGGGACAUAGAGUAGUAGCACAGAGCAUUAUACCUGGUAUUCUCCAAGGAGAUAAAUCAGACUCUCUUCUUUAUGGUUCUGUCGACAAUGGCAGGAAAAUUUGCUGGAAUGAAGCAUUUCAUUCCAAGGUACUAGAGGCUGCUAAGCGCCUCCAUUUGAAGGAACACACAGUCCUAGAUGGAUCUGGAAAUGCCGUCAGAUUAGCUGCACCUGUGGAAUGCAAGGGAAUUGUUGGCAGUGAUGACCGGCAUUAUCUUUUGGACUUGAUGCGGGUAACCCCUCGGGAUGCAAAUUACACUGGGCCAAGGUCACGAUUUUGUGUUCUGAGGCCUGAACUUGUUGCUGCUUUUUGCCAGGCUGAAGCUGCAGAGAGGUCAAAAUCUGUGUCUAAAACUGAUGGAGAGGUCUCAGUGACACGGGAUUCUGAACAUGUUACUAGUGCUGAUGCAGGGGUGAGUAUUGAGACAAACGCGUUGGAGACUGCUUCCUGCUCCCAGGAUACAAAGGAAGAAGAGCAUAUUAAGGCUGUCCAAAAAUGUGAUUCUACACCUGCUGAAAGUGACAAAUCAUGUGAGGAAGUGCUGCUGAAUCCUAACGUCUUUACUGAAUUCAAGCUGGCUGGCAGUCAAGAGGAGAUAGCUGCAGAUGAAGCAAGUGUCAGGAAAGCUGGCAAGUAUCUUAUAGAUGUCAUUCUUCCUAAGUUCAUCCAAGAUCUUUACACACUCGAGGUAGCACCCAUGGAUGGUCAAACAUUAACUGAAGCACUCCAUGCUCAUGGAAUAAAUGUCCGUUAUAUUGGAAAAGUAGCUGAUAUGACCAAACAUUUACCUCACAUAUGGGAUCUUUGUGUCACUGAGAUUGUUGUUAGGUCUGCGAAACAUAUUCUCAAGGAGGUUUUGAGUGAGUCACAGGAUCAUGAUCUUGGGCCUGCAGUUUCACACUUCUUUAAUUGCUUUCUUGGACAUAGCUUUGCUGCUGGCACAAAAGGAAGUGCUAACAAUAUGCAGUCAAGAACCAAUAAGAAGGACCAAGGAAGUCAUCGAUCUUCAGGAAAAUCUUUCAGGGGGCAGACGAGGUGGAACCAUGGAUCAUCUACAAGAAAGAACCAAUCUGCAUACAUGCAUAUCACGUCUGAAAGUCUGUGGUCUGACAUUCAGGAGUUUGCAAAAUUCAAAUAUCAGUUUGAAUUGCCAGAGGAUGCAAGGUUGUGGGUAAAAAAAGUUUCAGCCAUUCGAAAUCUAUGCCAAAAGGUUGGCAUAACCAUUGCAGCACGCAAAUAUGACCUUGAUGCUGCAGCCCCCUUCCAAGCUUUAGAUAUUUUGAAUCUCCAGCCAGUGGUGAAGCAUUCAGUUCCAGUAUGUUCAGAAGCUAGGGAUCUUGUAGAAACAGGGAAGGUCCGAUUGGCGGAGGGAAUGCUUAAUGAAGCCUACACAUUAUUUUCUGAUGCAUUUUCUAUACUUCAACAAGUUACUGGUCCAAUGCAUCGAGAGGUUGCUAAUUGCUGCCGAUAUCUAGCUAUGGUUCUAUAUCAUGCGGGAGACAUGGCAGGAGCCAUAAUGCAACAGCAUAAAGAACUGAUCAUAAAUGAGCGUUGUCUUGGUUUGGAUCAUCCUGACACUGCUCACAGUUACGGCAACAUGGCUCUUUUCUACCAUGGCCUCAACCAAACGGAGCUUGCACUACGGCACAUGUCCCGUACAUUACUCCUACUAGGUUUAUCAUGUGGGCCAGAUCAUCCCGAUGUUGCUGCAACUUUCAUAAAUGUAGCAAUGAUGUAUCAGGAUAUUGGAAGGAUGAAUGUCGCUUUGCGUUAUCUUCAAGAGGCCUUGACAAAGAAUGAGCGGCUUCUUGGCCAGGAACACAUUCAAACUGCAGUUUGCUACCAUGCCCUUGCAAUUGCUUUCAACUGUAUGAGCACAUACAAGCUCUCUCUCCAGCAUGAAAAGAAAACAUAUGAUAUACUUGUCAAGCAACUCGGGGAGGAGGAUUCAAGGACGCGGGACUCACAAAAUUGGAUAAAGACAUUUCAAAUGCGUGAGCAGCAGGUAAUUGCGCAGAAACAGAAAGGGCAAGCAGUGAAUGCAGCUUCUACUCAGAAGGCUAUAGAUAUUUUGAGGGCGCACCCGGACCUUGUACAGGCAUUCCAGGCUGCAGCUGGAGGAUCUGGAAAUGCUGGGUCAUCAGUUAACAAAUCCGUUAAUGCAGCGAUAAUUGGUGAAACCCUUGCUCGGGGAAGGGGAGUCGACGAGCGGGCCACCCGAAGAGCAGCCGAGAUCAGGAAGAAAGCAGCAGCAAGAGGUCUCCGUGUACGCCCACUUGGGACUCCCGUGCAAGGUUUGCCACCGUUUGCACAGCUCCUCAACAUCUUCAACCCCGGGGUGAUGCCAGAAGCUCCAAGUGACGCACAAGUGGAUGAAUCAAAGAAAGAAACUAAUGGCCCCACCAUGAAUGGGAUGGAAAGUGGUAAAGAAAAUGGAUCUGCUGAGUGCAAGGAAGACCCGGCCCCUGUUGGAUUGGGCACUGGUUUAGCCUCCUUGGAUUCAAAGAAGCAGAAAGUGAAAGCAAAGGCCGCAGCUUGAAUUCAAUGUCGCAAAAGAAACCACAAGUAGGCAGCUGAGUUUUGGAUGCCAGUGGAAGUUUUUAGGAUUGUGCUACAGUCGUUCGCGAAUUACUGCCAAUUGGAGGGUAGUUUGGGUCGAGUUGAGUGGUGUGCGGUCAUUUCCUUAUUUAUAUUGCUGGUUUUGCAAUCAUCCUAACAUGGCCUUUUCAUAGGAUUAAUGAGAACGGGGAGCUGCAAAAGGUGGGGGAAGAUCUUACGAUUUUGGUCAUACUUGUAUGGUUAGGAUCCUAGGAAGAACCAUCAACACAUCCAAAGUCUAGGUAUAAUCUGUGAAUAAUCAGCUAAUAUGCUGAUUAGUUAGAUGCUCAAAGGUGGGCCUUGGUUCCUUGAUGAAAUAAAACUAUAAAAUGAAGGUAAGUUAGGUGACUGCACCAUGUAUAUGGGAGCAUGCUUUGUUGAAAGAAGUUACACUCGGUAUAUUGUCCGGCGCAUAUCAGCCCACACUUGUUGAAGAGCUUUCAUUGUUUUUUGAGUUCACUUUUUGGUGGAAAUUAAAAUUAAAGAGAGUGAUUUUCAUGAAAAAAUCACAUUUAAAUUUUCGC